CUUUCAAUAAGCCAGCUAGGAAACCAACACCAGACUUUUUAUGAAUUGUUGUCAAAACUGCUAAAACUGGAGUUUUAAGACUUGGCCAAGCGGAACAGACAAAGUGUUCAAUAUGAACAGAGGGCGUCGCCGUCGGAGUUUUCGAAGAACAGCAAGUCCAAUAAGGCGUACAAUACAGGAAUUGGAUCAACAAAGAGUUGCCACAGACAAAGGUUUUCAAGGAUCCGAACUAUUUCCGCACAUAGUAGAAGAUAAGUUCCCCAAGGCAAUACGACCAAAGGGAACGGAAACUUCUCCUCAAAGUGAAAUAUAUACUGUACAACUAUUUCGAAACUUGAGAAAAGCUUUACUUAAUUCACCUUUAUACUCUGACAGUUUUCAACAGAAACUUUAUAGGCACCAGGUAUAUACUUAUAGCGACUUAAUAUUACAUACAACAGAAAAAACGAAACCACAACUGUUUGAAGACCCUACCUGGCUGAGGACGAAACUGCUUCCCAACUUUCUUCUUCCUAAUCAAAAAAAUAACACAACUAUUACUAGGUCAAAGAGAAAACGACUGUUGUCUUCAACCCAUAUUUUGGAAACCCUUCCUCAAGACACCGAAGUCAAGGAAACGCAGCCUGCUUCUGAAAAUACGCGAGAAGACUUCUUUUCGGAAGAAGAACAGGAUUCUGAGUUUGAAGAAGAAGAUGAUGACUAUGCACAAGGCGAAGUUUUCGAUGACGACGAUGAAUACGAAACUGCCGAACAGAGUGACAGUGAACCUGUUCUAUAGUUUCUAGAGAGGCUUAAAGCCCCUCAGUUGGAGCUAUCUGUUACCUCACCCCUUGAAGUUUCUAGGUCCUCGGUUGAAACCUCUUCUUCCUUGAUCUGCCCUUCUUCGACUGGAACAUCGAUACCUUGGUUUUUCAAGAACUUAAGCACUUGCGAGGUCGUGAAAUGGAUAACCUUUAUGAAACCUAUACGGAUAUCGGAUACUAAACGAUCAAGAGAGUUUUCGUGCAUUGAAAAAAAAGGCAACAAGUAUUCUUUGUACACAAUUUCGGCUCCUCGGAACUGUGGUAUAGUCAACCAAAGGAUAAGAACCAAUUUAACUUCAGCAUAAAGUGGUAGAACUUGCAGAAGUGGUUCCACUAGCCUUUCUGAGAGGAAGAAACACGAAAGAACUAACCAGUUUCUGGCCCAUUCCUUUGUUUUCUCGUCUUCGUUAUUCUUCAAUGCUGUUAAAGUACAAUAAAUAGGAUAAAAAUAUCCAAAGACAUUACUAGGUGUGCUUUCAAAGAAUAUCGUCAACAACUGCUUCAACUUACCAACCCAACUUGGAAAUUGUGUUGCCCAUUAAUUGAAAAUAGUAAAUUUCGAAUAUUGUCU